AUGGCAAGGGCCCCAGAUUUUGGUGUGCCUGCAAAAAAGAGUGCCCACUGGCAGCACGAACUAUGCCUGGCCUUGUACACUCCCCCUCGGUUUCCACUGCUGGCUACUGCAGACCCUGUCAGUGUGUUACGUGGAGGUUUGGGAAGAGGAACCUGGUGUAAUGACCAUGACAAGAUGCAUGAACGCUUAGAUAUUAUUGAAGAGAAGGUAAUAAAAACAGUGGAGCAUCUAGAAUCAGAAGUCAAGUCACUCCUCAACAUCAUCAGUGAGACAACAUCAAAUAUCCCCAUCGCUCCAGGAACCCCACUUAUAGACAUUUUUGAUGGUAAGUACCUAGUGGGCUAUAACCUAAGUUGA